CGCAUUUGGUCGCAGCAGCCACUGCAACAGCGCUCCAGCGCUCUUCGUGAGCAAAAAAAGAAUCAGCGAAGCGUGCUCCGCUGUUCAUCGUGUGCGCCGCGUAGGAGAAGCUGACGAAGUGCUGGCAGAGCGGGCUACACAGUGCGCUACAAGGGCAGUCAUGUUUUUCAAGCCUGUUUUGUCGGUGGUUCGAUCGAAUAGGGUCCCAUGGCUUCUAGGACGGCGUCUCGCUGCUGCGCCGCUGGCGGGGUUUCAUACGAAACAGAUCGUCGUGCUCGAGGCGUGUGCUACGACUGCAUGCCGCUCCACGCAGCUCGGUCCUUGUAUUGUGGGUUCUCGCCCUGUGUCAACAUCGGGUGUCAACUUCCAGGAUCUGAGCUAUGAAGACCUGGAGGCUCUGCUGCAAGGCGGCGACAUCCAAUUGAUAGACGUGCGCGAGCCUAGCGAGGUGGCUGCCUCCGGCAAAAUUGGCAAUGCCAUCAACAUUCCAUUGGGACAAGUGAAAGACGCCCUCCUGAUGUCCGAAGAGGCCUUCCUGAAAACCUACAAUGCGCAGAAGCCCCAAAGUUACGACCACAACAUUGUGUUCUACGGCCUUGGCCCCAUCAAGAGCCAUGCAGCACUCAAGCUCGCUCACAAGGCUGGCUACGCACAUGCCCGGGAGUACAGCGCUGGUUGGGAGGAUUACAAGGCAAAGAAGGGCACAUGAUCACCACACUCGACCCCUGCACUCUCAUUCCGGAAAAGUCCGCAGAAGUCACCUUAGGCCUUGCAAGGCAGUCUUCCAAUGCCAGUCUUUACUGCAUUAUCGUACAGAUAAUUUUGUAAUUGUCAAUUUUUUACAAUAAA